AUGGCCAAAAUGUGGAGCUGUGUAACUGUGUUGCUGCUACAUAGUAUUAUUAACUAUUUUGUGAACUGUGAGCUACCUUCGGAGAUAGAAAAAUGCGUUGCGGGUGAUGUGAUUUGCAUUGUGGAGACCAUCAAUCACAUUGUACAAAACUAUCCAAACGGUAUACCUGAAAUUGGUCUGGAUUCACUCAAUGCCAUCAGCUUCAAUGGGGUUGUUGUUAGCGAAGCUGUUCCGAAUACGCCUAUGCAAAUGAACUUAAAAUUCCGAACGUUGACGGUGCGUGGCUUUGAGAAUACGACAAUUCUUCGAGCCAAGGGAUUCGACAAGGAUCUUCGACAUGGCUUCGAGUUGAGUGGUUGGACGCCUUCGAUUCAUUUGGAUGGAAUAUAUGAAGCAGAUGGCAAGCUGAUGAUGUUGCCCAUACAAGGAAGGGGACAGGCCCAAGUGCUCUUGACCAAUUGCCAAUUCACUUGUCGUGCUAAGGCAAUCGAAGAUCUUCGAACAGACGGCAAGCGUUAUGCUCAGAUAACAAGGGUCAAGUGUCUGGUUGAUAUUCAUGGACUGCAUGUGAACUUUGAUAACCUGCUUGAUAACAAGGAGCUGAGCGAUUCUAUGAAUGAACUUAUCAAUAGUAAUUGGCGAGAUGUUUGGCAUACUUUCCGUAAAGGCAUCAGCUCGGCUGUAGAUAACGUGGCCGAAUCCAUUCUGAAGCGUGUGGUCAAUAAAUUAUCGCAUGAUGACUUUUAUAAACAUCUCUAGAAACCACAGAAGAUUAUUGAAUAUAAUUUAUCUUCGAUGUUAUUAGACAUCAUUUUAAAUUAGGCUCAUUCUUUAUUAUAAUGGCUAAGCAAUGUAAUUAGUUGUAAAACGUUAGAAACUUUUUAUUAAGUAGUUGCUAGUGUCAUUGGAAAAACAAUCAGCUGUGAAACGUAAAAAGCUUAUAACCCGCAAAGCUUUAUAAACACUUGCAAGUACAAAUCUCACCAUGAUAAGUUGAUCUGCAAUUAGAUAAGUUCGAAUUGUAUUCAACGACUUGAUUUAAUUGUUCAUAUGGUGAAUUGGAGAAAUCGUGUUAUGAUAAUCAAUUUAAGUACUCUCACGGAAAA